AUGAACGCCAAAAUGAAUGCUCUGAAAUCACGUUUAUUUCCCUAUGUGGUGUCAUCAGCUGGGAUUCACAAUAAUUACGACCACACGAGUUAUCCCGAUUUGGCUACCUCUGACUCAACGACAUCACCGUUGGAUGUGAGAAAAUUCUAUGAAGGAAAGACAUUGUUUUGCACUGGUUGUACAGGAUUCCUCGGGAAGGUUGUGGUUGAAAAGUUUUUGAGAGAUAUUCCGAAUGUGAAAAAGCUCUACUUGUUGGUCAGAGAAAAGAAGGAAAAGAAUGGCAAAGUGAUACCAGCCAAUGUGAGAUUGAUGAAGGAAAUAUUGAGGUCUCCCAUUAUGGACAGAAUUAUUGCUGAGAAAUUCGGAGGAAAUCGUGAAAAUUUUGAAAAAUUUGCACUGACCAAGAUUGAAGGAGUUUUCGGAGAUGUCACUGAGGAGAAUAUUUUCAGUGGAACACCAAAUGAAAUGGUCGAACAAUUGAAAGAGGAAGUUGAGAUUAUUAUUCACAGUGCGGCUACUAUUGGUUUUACAGAAAGACUCGAUUUUGCGAUUAAUUUGAAUUCAUUCGGAACAUUGAGAUGUUUAAAUUUUGCCAAGCAAUGUAAAAACAUGCUCUGCUUUGCAUACAUUUCAACAGCAUAUACCAACUCCAAUCUUAAGUCAGGUUCCAGAGUUGACGAGAAAUUCUAUCCUUUCAGACUUCCUGGCAACGAAGAAAUUGAGGUAUUUUGUGAACGAUUGAGAAAGAUGGAAGCAAAAGAAAUUGAAAAAACCACCAACAAGCUGUUGGCAUUUACGAAAUAUCCAAACACCUAUACAGUCACCAAGAGAAUGGCGGAAGCAUUGUUGUGCAAAUAUAAGGGAGAUGUCCCCGUUGCAAUCAUUAGACCAACCAUUGUAGGAGCUGCUUUGAAGGAACCAGUACCAGCCUGGAUUGAUGCUGUUUCAGGAAGUGGAGCCGUGUCACUAUUCGUUGGGUUGGGAGUGAUUUCUCUUUUGCCUGGUGACCCCAAUAAUGUUUCAGAUCAAGUUCCAGUCGAUCAUGUUGCCAAUGCAAUGAUUGUUUGUCCUGCCGAUGUCGCAACAACGAAAACCAAGCUAAAGGUGUAUCAUGUUGGUACCUCAACUUCAAAUCCAACGAAAUGGGCAGACACAGUGAGUGGAGUUGUUAAAUACUGGCAUACGCAUCAACCUGAAAAGAGUAUUGCAAGAGCUGAGUACAACAUGAUUCCCAGCCCAUUGAUGUAUCACACACAGUUCAUGGUUAGAUACACCUGGAUGAUCAAUCUUUAUACAGUCCUUGGUGCCUUAUUGAGGAAAAAGUCUGUUUUUAAGGUUGUGGAGGGACUCAAAAAGAUGGCUGAGCGUCAGGAAAUGUUGACCUCAAGUUUCCGCCAUUUCACAAUGAAUGAAUGGUUCUUCGAAAUUGACAAUUUAGAAAAUGCUUACAAUAGACUUAGAGGAGAAGAACGAGAUAUUUUCACUCUAGAUUUGAGCGUCAUCAACUGGGGAACGUAUUAUCAUUACUUUUGUUAUGGUCUACACAAAUAUAUUCUCAAAGAAAACCCAAUUCCUCCAACCACAACAGACUUGAUCAAGUCUAAUGAAUACAAUUUCAAUUUCUUCAAUGAUAUUGAGCUUGCAUUCUCCGCUGGUGGACAAUUCAAAGAAGGAUUUACACGCGAGCAAGUGAAACAAAUGGUAUUACACUCUAAGGGCGUACAGUUGGAGAUUAAGAAGGAAGCUGAAUCAAAGAAGUUGUCCAUUUCUCAAGUAGAAAAGAGAGCUUUGGAUAUUAUGGAUAAAAUGUUUGCCAAUCCUAAUAAUAACGCAAUUAGAGCAUUUGGUUGGAUUCUAAGAAAAAUUUGGAGAAGAAUGUAUCAAUCCAUCAUUGUGGACUCGAAUGAGCUUGAAAAGUUGAAGGAAUUAGCAAAGAAGUCUUCAACUGGAACUCUUGUAUUCAUUCCAACUCAUAGAUCCUAUAUUGACUUUUUGAUUGUAUCCUAUGUGUUCUUUGUGUACGGAGCUCCUGUGCCUCACAUUGCAGCCGGUGAAGAUUUUCUGAACAUGUUUCUUGUUCGUGAUUUGUUUAGAUACUCAGGUGCCUUCUUCAUGAGAAGAUCUUUUGGAAAUGACAAUUUGUACAAAUCAAUUUUCUCUGAAUAUGUGCAUCGAUUGUUGAUGGAUGGAAAUCCAAUUGAAUUCUUUGUGGAAGGAACAAGAUCAAGAGCAGGAAAAACAUUGAGACCAAAACUUGGAUUAUUGAAAACAAUUGCAGAUGCAUAUUUGGAAAAUCGUGUUGAAAAUUUAACAUUGGUUCCAAUUCAUAUUGGAUAUGAAAGAGUGAUUGAAAGUGAAUCACAUUCACGUGAAUUAUUGGGUGGAAAUAAGAAGGGUGAAUCAUUGACAAAUUUGGUGAAAGCAAGUUCUGUUUUAUUCAACAAGUAUGGUGAUGUGAAUGUCAAAAUUGCAGAACCAAUUUCAUUGAAAGAUUAUAUUCAAGAAUUGAAAAAUGAUCAUUCUCGUCUUGAAACAAGUUCCACAUUCUCAUCAUCAUCAUCUCAUUCAUCAACAACAAUUUCAUCAUCAUCUCAUUCAUCCACAACAAUUGGAAAAAGUGAAAACAUUGAAAAGGUUGAAAAUAUUCAAAAUUGCAAUCUUUCAUCAUCUUCUUUUGAUCCAUUUUACAAUGAAAAUGACAAGGAAUUUUUAAUCAAACGAUUGGGAUCCAAGAUUGCUUUUGCAUUGAAUGAAUCAGCUGUGAUCAUGCCAACUGCCAUUGUUGGAACUGUUUUAUUGAGUUAUCGAGAUGGAAUCAGUUUGGAUGAAUUGAAAUCAAAAAGUGAAUGGUUGAAAAAUCAAAUUUUGUCAAGAAGUGGAAGAGUUCAUUGGAAUGAACAACAAAGCACAACUUCUGUUGUGACUAAGGCCUUAAAUUUGAUUGGUCAUCUUAUUUCAAAACGUAAGAACAUGAUAGAGCCAGCUAUUGAGGUGAAAUCUGACAACAAGAAGAUUUUAGAAUUGAGCUAUUAUAGAAAUCAACUCGUUCAUUUAUUCUUCAAAGAAGGGGUGAUCGGGUGUGCAUUAUUCUCAUUUGGACAGAAGCAAAUGCUUGACUCUGGUAUUUCCCUCACUGACUUGUUCAAGAAGUGCGACUUUUUAACAGAUUUACUUUCUCUUGAAUUCAUGUACAAGGAAAAUCCUGAAGAACCUGAAAAAUACAUGGAAACCCUAGAGUCAAUGGCCAAAAGAGGAAUCAUUUCUCUGAGAGACAACAGCCACGUAUUGGUCUCUGCCGUGUAUUUGGAAAAUUUGAAAUUUAUUUGUUCCUUAUUGUGGCCCGUAAUUGAAGGAUAUUGGGGAACAAGCAUGUCACUCCUCUCAAUGCCACUCUCAGGAUCAGAUCAUGACGACAACAUUGCUACAGUGAACAAACAAGCGUUGCAUGAAAGAAUUCAAUGGUUGAUCGAAAAGUUUUAUUUCGAUGACAAGGUACAAUUUUAUGAAGCAUGUUCUAUGGAAACAAUUCGAAAUGCCAUUUCAAUUUUCAACAAGUGGAAUGUCUUGCAGACAUCAGUUGUCACAAUUCCAAACAAUGACUCUUCCCGCAAAAAAGGAUCCAAAAAAGCUGCUGACCAAGUCAAGACCGAAGAAGUUGUUUCACUAUUGCCACCAUACACUGAGAUUCCUAAAUUGUUGGAGUUUGUUGGAGAAAUUCAACAAUUCAGAAAGAUGGCUGUCAAGUCAGACAAGGCAGUCUUGACUGAAAUUCCUCUUCGUCACUCGAGACUUUAA